AUGGCCGAGGUUCCGGUGCACCGAUUCGGGACCCCAUCGCGCCACUGGCGUCCGGCCGAAGUGGCGAAGCUCGAGGAGCUCCUCGGGGAGUUCGGCACCGCGUGGCAGGCAAUCUGGAACGACAACUAUAUCGGAUGGACCAAGGGCCCCAAAUCCGACUGGAUCCACCCUGGCCGAGACGCCAAAAAGUACCGCUACAAAGCGAGGAAUAUGAAGAUUCAGAUCAUGAGUGCUCAGGAGGACGUACCGAUCUACCUUGCGGACGUAAAUCUCUCCCGCGCCGAGCUAAACCGAGUCGCCCAGGGACGGAUAUCACACGCGAGCGCUCGGGGUCCCCAGUCACGGCGUCCGCUCCCACAGUCUACUCGGCGAACAGGACACUAUACCCGAAAGUUUGAGCAGAGCCUUUUCAGGAUCCCUCCUAGCUACUAG